AAGCUCUUCCUCAUCUCAACGACUCGUCUCCGCGUCUACAUUACCUGUACGCGCACCGAUCUCCCCAUCGCUCGGCCUCACAUCGCCUCCAUACGCCCCCAACUUUCCGCACAUCCUCUUUGCUCGCCAUGACCGACGACGCUCUUUCCGCCCUCGAGCUCUUGGUAGCCAUGUACCCUAUGGAAGGCGAGCUCGUGCUCUCCGACGGCGCCUCUUCCGCUCUUGCCGGUUCUCCUCCUACCUAUCCACUAGACGUGAUCGUGCGCGUGCCGAUCGACGACGACGACGACGCGCGACGCAUUGAGCUCUCCGUCUCGCUUCUCGAAUCCGGCCCGCCCCGGCUCGCCCUCCGCCCACCCGACUUCCUCACCCGCGCAGCAUACCAGCGCCUGUCGGCCUCGCUACCAGUGAGCGAGGGUGAGGCGACCGAGGCCGUGAUGGCGGCGAUCGAGGCGAUCCGCGCCGCUGCGCCCGCACUCGUGCAAGAAGAGGUGAAGGCGGAAGAAGAAGCGGUGGAUGACGGGCCGCUGGAGCGCGUGUGGUUUUGGUUCCCGUCGCUGAGCACGCGCGAGAAGAGGAAAGACCUCGUCUCGUAUGCCGAGAGUUAUCGCCUCAACGGGUUCGUGUUGGCCGGCAAGCCUGCGCUGCUGUGCGUCGAGGGCGGUGGCCGCGCCGUCGACAGAUACAUGGCCGACAUCAAGAGUGUGAGCUGGGGCGAUAUUCCGAGCUUCCAGAAGAAGGUCACGGAACGUUUGCGCCUGCCCCUCGCCGAGGCUGAGCGUAAGUUCAGCACGAUGACGGAUGUCACCUCGCUCGUGCCACACUACGGGACAUACAACCACCGUGGAGACAUGAGCGAAGUCAAGCGGCUGUGUGACGAGUGGGGAGUGGGGCAGGACUUCAACGCUGUGGUCAUGAACUCGCGUGACGAGUAAGGCAAGACAAGUCCAGCGCGCGCCCAGGAGUACAGGGAAGGUUAGGAAAAGGGGGAAGAGAUUGCGCGCUCCGCAGAAGAGUUUGGGCAUCGAGAGAACAGCAAAGGCGAUAAGCGGACCGGAGCCUCCUCGCUCACAGGUGGUAGUGUCAAUCUCUGCUUGAAUGUCGAUCGUACGCAGACGAUCAGUCUCAUAGGGCCUCGACUCCGACGCGCGCUGUGCCAUGUCGACCAUGGACAAUCGGCUACCGCCUGGACACCAAUCUCUUUCAGCACCUCCGCCCCCUGCUCCCGCGCUCUCCCGAUCAUUAUCACCUGCUCGUUCCACGAGCACGGCCGAGGCACAUAGGUAGGCACCCGCGCUCUGCGACAUUCCGCCGGCAAUGGAAGGGGAUGCCACCGCCAUUUCAUGGCUCCAUAAUCUUGGGUUUCUAGUGUUGAUUUCGCACAGCAUGCAUCGUUGCUCG